GACGAUGACAGUCCGCCUUUCCUGACGAGAAUAUUCUACUUUGGCGCUAUGACAUGAUACCCUGAAAGUUUGAAGGAGCUCUUCUUUUUAUUUCUCUUUUGGCUGUGUUUUUGUUUUGUGCCUGCCGCAGCCAUGCUUCACUAUCGCACCGAGGGCUUCAACGGGUGCGCCGUAAAGUACUCGCCUUUUUUUGACAACCGUCUCGCCGUCGCUGCCUCUGCAAAUUUUGGACUGGUGGGAAAUGGCCGAUUAUAUAUCCUAGAGCUUACUCCGAAUGGUAUUGCUCCGUUGAAAUGGUUUACGACUCAAGAUUCUCUUUACGAUCUCGCCUGGUCAGAAAUUCACGAGAAUCAGGUUCUCACUGCAUCCGGAGAUGGCAGCAUUAAGCUGUUCGACUGCACGACUGACGAGUUUCCUAUACAAAAUUGGAAAGAACACAACAGGGAGGUUUUUAGCGUCCACUGGAACUUGGUGGCUAAAGACCGUUUUUGUUCCAGCAGCUGGGAUGGAACCGUGCGUGUCUGGUCGCCACAUCGACCGCAGUCACUGCUCACCCUGCCCACGCAUAGCUGCACCUAUUCGGCCGCAUUCUCGCCACACUCCCCUGAUAUUCUCUCGUGCGUGUCAUCCGAUUCCCACGUUCGAGUCUUCGAUUUGAGAACCCCCGCAUCCGCCUCGAAUCAUCUCACCAUCCAGAUUCCAAUCCAUGCUGCGCCUGCCUCACCAAUCCCCGGACCCCCCGGCAUUCCCCCAGCCGCAGUCCCCCCUUCUGAAGCCCUGACACACGAUUGGAACAAAUAUCGGCCGUCGGUACUGGCGACUGCCGGCGUCGACCGAACCAUCCGCACCUUCGACAUUCGCGCUCCCCACCAAGGUCCGCUCGCCAUCAUGCCGGGCCAUGAAUACGCAAUCCGCAAGGUAGCCUGGUCACCGCACCUGGCAGAUACACUUCUCAGCGCGAGCUACGACAUGACCUGUCGCGUCUGGAGCGAUCGCUCCGAUAAUACUACCACGAUCGGUGACAGCGAUCUCAUGCGUUCGGGGCCUGCCAGCCCUGUAUUAGGCAUGGAAAUGGGCCGCAUGGGUCAGCAUACCGAGUUCGUCAUGGGGGUUGACUGGUGCUUGUUUGGGAGUGAGGGGUGGUGUGCCAGUGUCGGCUGGGACGAGAGCUUGUACGUCUGGGACGUGCGAGCAGUGAUGAGAUAAAAAAAAAACA